AUGUCAGCGGUUUUUCGCUUGCGCCAUAGGCGAACAGGGCUGACCGUUGCUGGCAAGAGAAUUCAGAAGGGAUGUGAAGUGCAUCGCUCUGGUGUGUGCGACACCGACACGGACUUCUGGACGGUCCUGGAGCUUUGUGCGGGGGGACGACUGGCGGUGUUCUUGGAGAAGUUCCCUCGGAAGGCCGACCCAGUGGCCCUGCAGCUCUGCCAGGCGAGACAGCUAAUGAUGGGCAAAUGUGGCACCCCACAUUUCCGAGCUCCUGAAGUGGAGGGCGGAGGCGUGCGUUUUGAUGAGGGAAUGGCAGAAGGGGAUUCAAGAGGUGCCGACAGGACCGACUGCAGAUGA